UAAUGAGAAUAAAAGAAUAAAAAAGAAGUAAAAAUAAAAAAGGAAAGAAAGAAUUGUUGAGUGCUGAUUUGUUUUUAUUUUUCCUUUUUCCCCCUCCCUUUCCGAGGAAUUAUUUCCCCUUCGCUCUCGAUCGCCAACAAACCCUAGAAAGCGAGCGACGUAAGCGCAAGUAAAAAGAGGAGAGCGGAAGCGUGAAGCAGAAGGAGAAGGGAACAAGCGUGUCGCAAGGCCCGCGGAGGACCCCUCACCGAUUCUUUUUCUUCAUUGUUUCGAUCCUUGAUUCAUACGGUCUUCGAUCCCGGUUUCGUUCCUGCCUCCUCUUCAUCCUUAGUUCGUCAGGGGCGCCUCGAAAUCUGCUACAUUGCUUGGAUUUCGGCUUUUUAUAUUGCCCACACGCCCUCUUGGUCUCCUCUUGCCUUCUGAUUCCCCCGGGUUCGAAGAAAAAGGUUUGUUUUGGCAAUUACAAGUACUGAGUUUACUGCUCCUUAUCGAUUUGUACAUUGCUGGUAUCUUCUUUUCGGAUUCCUCGGUGAUUUUUCUCGUUGGGGUCACCCUUGAUUCGUAUCGCCCGGGAUAUUCUUUGAUUCUAAGAUUGAGGCGUAUAGUUAGUGUUAAAGGUCUCAUCUUUUUUAUUCUGCUGCUCCUGGAAUGUGUGGGAAUUGGCAUGUUAAAGCGAGAAGGCCUGCGGUCGUGCUCCUUACAUCUCCGGACCCUUUGGAGUGAUCACGCUUCUGCGAUGGCUUUGAAUAAGCUUUUCCCCUCGCCAAGUCGCGGGUUUAGCCAGAUGAGUGUGGCCAACGAACAUGGAAGACUUCGUAGAAAGCAUUUGGUUUGCAUGGACAUUGGUUCCAACAAUAACUUGAGCAUGAGGGGCUGCUCCGACCGCCAUGACGGUGUCUCCAGAAGGGCAGAUGAAGAUAUCCAGAAGGCUCAUGUUGUGGGACCCCAUCGCCAUUUGGUUAAUGGUUCCAAAAUGGUUUUCUCGGAGGAUAUGGGGUUGAGUUUGGUGAAUGGAGAUGGAUCAUGCAAACAUGGAAAACCUCUAGAAUUCCCAGGCCAUCUAAAAUCUGAGAAAUUGGCCGUCGCUGUUGAUGUAGAUGAAGUUCUUGGAAGCUUUCUCUUAGCUCUAAACAAAUUUAUUGCUGAUUGCUACUCCUCCAAUCAUUCUGUUUCGGAAUAUUAUGUUUAUGAAUUUUACAAGAUAUGGAAGUGUUCUCAAGCUGAAGCUAAUAUCCGUGUUCAUGAGUUCUUCAAAUCUUCUUAUUUCAAAACGGGCAUUUAUCCCAUCCCUGGUGCUCGACAUGCUCUCGAUAAAUUAUCAACUUUUUGCAACCUAUCUGUGGUGACAUCUCGGCAGAAUGUCAUCAAGGACCACACUCUUGAGUGGAUUGAAAAACAUUAUCCUGGCUUAUUUCAGGAGAUCCAUUUUGGUAACCAUUUUGCGCUAGAUGGAGUAUCAAGGCCAAAAUCUGAGAUUUGCAGAUCUCUGGGAGCCCAUGUUCUGAUCGACGACAACCCAAAAUAUGCUCUUGAAUGUGCAGAAGUUGGCAUCAGGGUCCUACUCUUCGACUACCAUAAUUCAUACCCAUGGUGCAAGGCAGGUUCAGCAACUUCACAUCCAAUGGUGACCAAGGUGCAUAACUGGCAAGAAGUAGAACAGCAGCUGUUUUCAUGGAUACCGACGUGAGAGACACUCAAGAUUUAUGGCUCACACUCGGCGAACUACUACAUUUACCCUCUAAUGAGGGGCCUGAUUCAUUCUUAGCAGGUUAUUUAGGUGUAUUUAGAAGGAUGAAGGGUUUCUAGUAGGCCCCUUUGUUUAGAGUAAGAAAAGAGAAGGAAAAUGUGAUCAAGUGUGGUUAAUCAUUUUUUAAAGUCUGAUGGAAAACAAAAAGUUAAAAGACUGUACAUACAUAGAUAGAGCAACUUACACAAUGGAUACCAAUUUGUUGAGCACUAUCACGGUUAUUUCAUCCAACACCAUUUAUAUCUCA